AGUGCGCGGGGGUGUGCGCGCGGCCGGGGCCAUGGAGGAGCUGAGCAGCGUGGGAGAGCAGGUCUUCGCCGCCGAGUGCAUCCUCAGCAAGCGGCUCCGCAAGGGCAAGCUGGAGUACCUGGUCAAGUGGCGAGGCUGGUCCUCCAAGCACAACAGCUGGGAGCCUGAGGAGAACAUCCUGGACCCCCGGCUGCUCCUGGCUUUCCAAAAGAAGGAACACGAAAAAGAAGUGCAGAAUCGGAAGAGGGGCAAGCGGCCGCGGGGCAGGCCCAGGAAACACGUGGAACCAGAGAUGCCUGCGAAAACUAAGUCAAGUAGCUCCUCUUCUUCCACAUCCUCCUCUUCCUCCUCCUCCUCCGAUGAAGAGGAUGAAAGUGAUCUGGAAGCAAAGAGAGGUCCUCGCAGCAGAGAGACGCACCCGGUGCCACAGAAGAAAGCUCAGAUCCUGGUGGCCAAGCCCGACAUGAAAGACACUUCCAGGAAGAAGCGUGGGCGGAAACCUCUUCCCCCAGAGCAGAAAGCAGCUCGAAGGACCGUGAACCUGACAAAGGUGCUGAAAACGUCCCGGAAGGAGGUGGGGGGCAGUGCCAAGCUGGUGGGGAAGCUGCAGCCCCAGCACAGCAUGCAGGGCUCAGGUAUGGCUGUGCUGAAGGAUCCACCGGGCACCUUGGCUGGGCUCAGUUCGGGGGGGUCAUCAGUGGAAAACCUGCCCAACAUGAAGAGCGGCUCGGCGAGCCCCAGCCAGGCCAUCAGCUGGCAGAGCUCCAUCGUGCACUACAUGAACAGGAUGUCCCAAAGCCACACUGCAGCCGAGAGCUCGGCGCUGGGCAGGCUGGCGCUGAAGGCACAGGCAGCCAGUAAGGGCAGCUUAGGGCUGGACUUGAAAAUAAGGAGCCAGAAAGGCUCUGGGGAUCUGGGGCUGAACGUACAGGCACCCAAAACUGCAAAGGCUCCUGGCAGCAGCGCCGGAGGGGACCAGAAAUCGGCGUUUGCUGCGGGAGGCCAAACGCUGCCCAACGGCAGCAAGACGCCGUCAAGCUCGUCUGGGGCCGGCAUCCAGCCAGCCUCCAGCCAGGAGCUGAACCUCCAGGCUCUGAACCUGCAGAGUGUCAAAAACGGGCCGAGCGUGGCCAGCGGGAGCAGCCUCCCCCGGCACCUCUGCGGCUCCCUGGCCAAGGGCUCUGGUGGCAGCACGGCCACUGCGGGUGCCGGCGGUGCCAAGGGCGGCGCGGUGGGGGCUGGGCUGAACGCUGCCAGUGCUGGGACGCUCCCAGGGGGGGACGGCGGCAAGAGCAAGAAGCAGGCACACCGGGCAGGUGACAGGGACUUGGCCAAAGGUGGCUCAGCUGGUGCUCAAGAGGGACGUGCGGCCACAGAGAGCCGCAAACCAGCCGCCCUGUCUGAAGUGAGCACAGGCGAGGACACCAGCUCGGAUUCGGACCGGGAUUCAGCUUCCCUCCCAGCUGCGGGUCAGAACAUGUCUGUCUCCAUCCAGACCAGCCAGGACUGGAAACCCACCCGCAGCCUGAUUGAGCACGUCUUUGUCACCGAUGUUACCGCUAACCUGAUCACAGUGACAGUCAAGGAGUCCCCCACCAGCGUCGGGUUUUUCAACCUGCGGCAGUACUGAGCCCAGGAGCAUGAGAGGAGGGAGAGGGUCCUUCAGCCUCACCCUCACCUUUGCCCAGCUCUUCCAUCAGGUUUUUUUUUCUUCAAGUGAACGUGGAGACCUCAUGAGACCUGCUGGAACUUGUGUCUGGAAAGGCUGGACAAAUACGCAGUGAAACCUGCUCCAAACUGCCAGCGGGUCCUGGCUCCUCUCCAUCCUCUUCUGGAGCCGUGCCCCAUGUGAGGGUGGUCGAUGCCAUUCUCUGUGAGCGGGGGCACUGGUGCUGCCAGGAGUGUCAGGCUGGCCAGUUUUGAGCCAGGCUUCACUGCACGUAGGUCUCUUUGCUUUGAAACAGCAGAUGCCAAGGUCUGCAGCUUGCUGGCCUUGGGGAGGUGCGGAGCUGCCAUGGGACAGUCUUAUACCUGGGAGAGGACCAGGAGAUUCUCUUCUGGGCUUCCUGUGGAUCUGUCUAUGAGCCAUGGGGAACUGCAAGUCAAUCCAAAUGAGGCAGCUGCUGCUCCCAGCCCUUGAGGCUGUGGGGGGGCAGGUGCAUUCGGGGGUUUUUCAGGGUACGCUCAGCCCAGCCACCCCCCUGGGCGAGGUCAUUUCCAAUGAUGGGAAACCCACAACGUUUCUCUUGGGGUUUCCAGCUGAUAGGGAAAUAUUGUUUACAUUUUUUCUUAAGGAAUUUAUUUUUUUUUCAUGAGGGAGGGGAAUAACCCCAGUCUAAGAUAGGGUAGGUCCUGGAUGCCACUAACAGAACAGGUGGCAGAGGUGCUUUUAUUGGAGGGUGUCUCCUUCCUGCUGGAGGAAAGUCCUGCCUUGAGAGCCAGCAAGAUCCACCAGCUUCUCUGCAGUGGCUUGACUUCAGAGGAACGUGAAUUUCUGGGCAGCCCAGGGAGCCCACACGCCGCUCCUCUGCCUCAUCCUGGCAUUGCCAGCAUCUCCACCUCCCGCUCAGCAGGUUCCAGGCACUCCUAGGGACUGAGCUGGGGUAUAUUUUUUAAGCCUUGCAGAACGUGGAAAACCUGCCCAACAUGAUGAAGAGCGGCUCGGUGAGCCCCAGCCAGGCCAUCAGCUGGCAGAGCUCCAUCGUGCACUACAUGAACAGGAUGUCCCAAAGCCACGCUGCAACCGAGAGCUCGGCGCUGGGCAGAACGUGUGAACCCUUCCAGCAGCAGGUAGUUCGGUGCUGGGACUGCCGGGUGUCUGUGAGGUCAGUGCCGCAGUUUGGCUGAGCCCUCCUCACCACUGAACGGCCGAAUCAGCCUUGGCUGCUCCCUGGGUUAGACUCACGCUGAUCAUCCAUGGUUUUCUCCAGAAUGCUCAGAAGCUGGUCGAGGCCACCGCACAGGUGGUCUGGAGUGGUGGGAAAGGAAAGGAGAGGAGAGGGAGAAGGGCUAAGGCCAGUGGGUACCUCAGGCUGCUGUUCCCCAAGGAACCAGAGCACCUGAGCAGCUGUUCACCUUCCCCUGGCCGUCCCAGCAGCUGGGGUGCUCCUUUUGGCUUGUAAUUGCACCCAAUAAUGGCUUUUUCACUGCAGCAUUUUCCCUACUGCAGAUUUCUCCUACAAGCCAAAAUUAGCAGCAGUUCAGGCAGAGUUUAGUAGCAUUCGAGGUCAUUUUAGUUCUGUUGAUGCUGAGUCUUUUUCUCAGAGGUGAUGAACAGCUGGCGGCUGCCCACUCCCCCGGGUGGUUCAGAUGUCGCUCUGCUGGUGGGCCCCUCCAGCAGGCCACUGUGUAGGGGGCCACCAGGUGACUGACCUGGCACCAGGGUAGGCAUUUCCCUUAGCCACAGGCAGGGCCACUCACAGUGUCUUCAUACACAGGAGUGUGGAUCCUGACCAAACUGGGGGUACACGUACUUCUGACCCCCCUGAUGCGGCAGCCCCCCAUGGUCACGGCUGCUGCCGCUGGCUGGCAGUGGGAUCAUUCUCAGGUGAUGCCAAAAUGUCCCAGUCUGUGCAGUUUACCUUCUACUGUAACUUUGCCAAACGAGCUCCAAGGAAGCACUGGCCUGUGUCAGCAGAAACCAGUGCCCCGGGCAUGCUCUGUGCUGUGCUCUUGUGCUGGGGGUACGAGAGCUUUGGGAGAAGAAUCAAGGAAUCUGGGAGCAUGGGGGUGAUGCUCUCACCCACACACCAAAUGUUUGCUACUUGGCCUUUCCAAACCCAAACUGAUCGACGAUGUGCCUUUUGGACCGUCCUUAUCUCAGCCUAGUCUGUGACAGCGGUCCCUCCACAGGUUUGUGCCUAUGCAAAGCAGGGUGGUCACAGGGUCUUGGGGGCACGGUGACACUGAUGGGAGAGGUGUCCUGGUCCCCGGUGGGACACGCAGCUGUCAUGCAGAGCCCUGCUGAGCGAUGCCCACAGAGGGGAAGCUGGCCUUGCAGGGAUACUCUUGCCUGCAGCAAUAGGAUGUGUGGAUUGGUUUCUCCAAGGGGGAGAAGAACAUCUGAAGACACUCCAAGAAGGGGCCAGGCCCAGAGGGUGGCGGCAGGAGAUGAGCUGUGACAGCAGGUGAAGGGCUGCUGCACACUGGCUCCGAGCCGGCUGCUCCCUCCUGAGCCACUGUCUAAGCUCCUGCAGGUUUCUCCAUGCGGAGCCUGGCUCCUGCCUCCUGCUUGGGCAGAGGGGACAUGUAUCCCAACACUGGGCAGCUCCCUCCAUCACCCACCCUUCCAGGCAUGUCCCCUCCAGCAGCACAGGACUCUGCUGUCACCACUUGCUAUUGUGCCUUUUGCUCACCAGCGGGUUCAAUUCCAAAGGUCUAACGAUGGUGAAAAUGAUAAUCCAGGAUUUUUUUCUGGCCAUCUCACCUUGAAUUUCUUCCCCAGCCCCUUUCUCACUUGGUGUUCCAGAAUCUCGGCUCUCCCAGCAGCGCUGGGGGAUUUGAGUGCACGGUUCCUGCUGGGGUUUGCCUCCCAAAGACACAUUCUGUGAGUAAUUGACUGGAAUCUUUGGACAGGGGUUGGAAGACCCCUGGUUGGUGCAGACCCUGGCUGUGUACCACUAGGAUUCACGUUCUACCUUUUUUUAUUCCUUUUUCUUUUGAGUUUGCUGCUAUGGGUUGGCAUAUUCAGCCGGGUGUCAGACAGGCAAUUAAAGGUUUGUCACUUGUCAUUUUCUAAGGCGUUUCCGAUGUGAAAAGUCCUGCGGUAUUUGUAUAGUGAAUGGAUAUUUUCCCCAGGCGUAAUCUGGUUAAGCAUCCUUGUUGUUUUCCAUUGGACUGGAAGAGGUGGCCGAUUCAGCCAUCUUCCUGAGAAACUGAGUCUAUUUUUAUAUAUAUAUUUUGUACCAAAAAAAUCCAGGAGUACACGGAGGGAUGGAGAUAGUUUAGAGGUUUGGUUUGUGUUGAGUUUCUGAGCUGUGUGUGAAGGGCUCCAGAGCCAGGAGAAAGGUUUUACUGACAGAAAUUUGAGAUAGGUGAAAACAAACAAUUGUUCUUGUAACUUGUGCCAGUCACUGCUCUGAUUUGUACAUUUUAAUUAAAGAGAGAGCCAAAUCGGUCCUGUAUGACACUUAUAAUUGCUUUAAACUGCAGCUGUUUGUUUGCUGUUAUUUUCUGAGAACAAAAGUCGGAGAUGUUAUUGCCCUGGGAAAGCAUGAGUGUUAUGGGAGAAGGACCAGCUCCCCACGCAGCGUCCCGGUCCUUCCCGGCCCCUCGCUCGCGUUCCUUGCGCAGUUUUCCAGUGUUCCUGGACACUAACGCUAGUGUAGCCCCCCAGCUCUAGGCUGCUUUUAAUUUAUUUGCAGGAAAACACUAGGAAAUGGUUGCGUCGGGUGGGGGUUUUUGUAUGACUUUUCCACUGUUCUUUUUUAGCAUAUCAAUAAAUAUUUUUUUAAACUUUUCA